AUGGUUGGAAUUAUUAGGAGUUCACUUACUAGUGUAAUGGCUCUUAUAAUCGGUGUCCUUUUCUUUUCUUCAACCUUUGUUUGUGAAGCUAGGUUUCUCCGUUUCACACCACCGGGAUUUGUUCAAACCAACGGCACUGAGUUUGUGUUAAACGGCUCGCCGUUUUUGUUCAAUGGGUUUAACUCUUAUUGGAUGAUGAACGUAGCUUCUGAUCCAAACCAAAGAUUUAAAGUUUCCAAUGUGUUUCGACAAGCUUCAGCUGCUGGUCUCACUGUGUGUCGUACAUGGGCAUUCAGUGAUGGUGGCUACCAAGCUCUACAAACGUCACACGGUGUAUAUAAUGAGCCUACCUUUCAGGCUCUGGAUUUUGUGAUAGCAGAAGCGAAAAAAUAUGGAGUGCGUUUGAUUCUGAGCUUAGUCAACAAUUACAAUGAUUUUGGAGGAAGACCUCAGUAUGUGCAGUGGGCUAACACUAGUGGGGUUCCUGUGAACAACGAUGAUGACUUCUACACAAAUCCUAUUAUAAAGGGUUACUACAAAGCACAUGUCAAAAGGGUUCUGACAAGAUUCAACACAAUCACUAGAAAAGUUUAUAGAGAUGAACCAACCAUCAUGGCCUGGGAACUAAUUAAUGAACCACGCAGCCAAGUUGAUUACUCUGGAAAGACUGUAAAUGCAUGGAUUCAAGAGAUGGCUCCUUAUGUGAAAUAUAUAGACCGAAAACACUUGUUGGAGGUUGGCAUGGAAGGAUUCUAUGGCGACUCUAUCCCAGAUAGGAAACAAUACAAUCCUGGUUUCCAAGUUGGUACAGAUUUCAUUACCAACCAUCUCAUCAAAGAAAUUGACUUUGCGACCAUCCAUGCAUAUCCUGAUAGUUGGCUGAAUGGACAAAAUGACACAGUUCAAAUGGCAUUCAUGCAAAAAUGGAUGACGAGUCAUUGGGAAGAUUCAAGAACAAUUUUGAAGAAGCCAUUGGUGUUCACUGAAUUUGGGAAGUCAAAUAAAUAUCCAGGGUACAUCAUCAAUGCAAGAGAUUCAUUCAUGAGUGUUGUGUAUUCGAACAUCAACAAUUUGGCACAAAAUGGAGGAACAUUUGCUGGCGGUUGUGUGUGGCAACUAUUGGAUGAAGGAAUGGAUGGAUAUGAUGAUGGAUAUGCGAUAGUUUUGUCUCAAAACCCUUCCACAUACAAUGUUAUAACUCAAGAGUCUUCUAAGAUGAUUGCAGUUGCACAUUCAUUGAGCAAGUCACACGGAAGAAAGAGCUAA